GACUGGUACCCUGACAUUGGUUAACGGGCGCAAGCGCCCUAAAAAACCAACGACAGGUAACCACUGCCAUUUUAACGCGUCAUAGGAAAUAGCACUGACGAUAAAAUCUAUAUUUAGACUGGCGUAAAUCCAGUGCUGUAAGUUUUAACACAUGAGUAAUGGAGUGCAGGCAGAAGGCGCUAGCAGAGAUUUUAGAUUUUUAUUUUAAAAGCAAAACUGGAUUAAUAGCAAUAAAUGAAGAAAGAAAGACGGAAUUUAAUUUCCUGAAGCCAUUACAAAGUGCUGCUAUAAAAAAGUCAUUGACGAGCGACUGUAUGAUUAUUUUACCGACUGGUUAUGGUAAAUCAUUGAUAUUUGAACUUUUACCGAGGAUAUGUUGUUCGAAAGUUUUAAUUGUGACUCCAUUAAAUGCAAUUAUCCAAGAGCAAGUGCAGAGACUAGGACCCAAUGCUAUGAAGAUUGACGGGAAAAUUCUAAAUUCUCUAAGCAGAAAAGAUUAUACUGAAGAAAGUACGCAGAAUUUUUUAAGAGGAAAUGUCAGAUAUGUUUUUUCACACCCAGAGAAUGUGGUCAACAAACAUGUGUGUGAAGUUUUUAAGGGGGGUGCGUGGAAUGCAGUGUCACAUGUCAUAAUUGACGAGGCACACUGCGUCGUUCAAUGGGGUCAAGAUUUUCGUCCUGAUUUUCAGCAGCUUUCAAAACUGAGAUCAAUAUUUCCAACUGCUUAUUUCGUUACAAUGACUGCCACUGCAACAGUGCACAUGCAAAAAGAAAUAGCUAAAAUUCUUUGUAUGAAAAAAUUCAACACUGUUUCUACUAAUGUGGAUAGAGAGAAUGUAAAAAUUAUCAUCAGGAAGCGUUUACCUUCCACAGGAGGAAGAAACACACCUGAGGAUGCUUUUGAUGAGGUAAUGGGCCCAAUCAUAGAUAAACUCUACCAAGAUGUCGAUAGCUAUCCUAGAACAAUAGUGUAUACUAAGCUAAAGUGGUGUGGAUAUGGUUAUUCUCUGGCCAAACGAAAGGCGCUAGAACUAAACACUCAUCAUUUAAUUCAACGGGUGUCACAGUUCCAUGCGUCUUGCACCGAAAAGUCCAAAGUUGAAGUAACUAAAGACAUGUCCACAGAAGAGGGCAAGAUUAAACUGCUUUUUGCCACGGAGGCAUACGGAAUGGGAGCUGACCCCCCGGAUGUACAUCAGGUUAUUCAUAUAGGACCUCCAAGUUCACUUGAAACUUAUCUUCAAGAAGUAGGACGAGCUGGACGGGAUGGACAGGGGUGUACUGCAAUACUGUUUUUCAAUAUGAAUGACAUUGGGACACCACACGUCAAAAACGAAGUAAAGAGCUUUUGUUUACUUGACUCUUGUCGCAGGAAAUUUAUAUCUGAACAUUUCGGUUACACUUUUAACAAACUCAGUCAGAUGCACGCAUGUUGUGAUAUUUGCGAAAAAUCCUGCCCAUGUGACAACUGUUUUGCAGAGGAAGUUAAUAAGUGCGAGAUUGUUUCUCCACCCGCCAACCGAAUUUCAAAGAAACAAAAAUUGAAUGAACUAUCAAGGAUCUUAUUAGCUUUCUUUGAAGAUGAAAUAAACAAUAUGACGUACCAUAUCCAGAAAUUAUUACAGGCUUGUCAAAGCAGACGGCAGAUAAAAUUGCAUCACUUGCAAACCAGUUAACAUCCUUAACUGACAUCAAGAGGGAGUUUCCAAAUAUAGCCGAGGAAUACGCUACACACAUAUUGUCUAUUAUUACAUUCUGUAAUUCUACUACCGAAUAAACUUUUCUAAACGUAUGUCUAGAUGAAAAUAA